AUGAGGGAGCUCUUGCGGCUUUUGCAACCUCGAGAAAUUUCACAGCAGGCUCAGUCAGGGCAGUUCACAGAAGAUAUGAUUCCUACAGUAGGCUUCAAUAUGAGAAAAAUAACAAAAGGAAACGUUACCAUAAAGGUAUGGGACAUCGGAGGGCAGCCAAGGUUUCGAAGCAUGUGGGAGCGUUAUUGCAGAGGAGUCAACGCAGUUGUUUACAUGGUGGAUGCAGCAGACUUAGAAAAAGUAGAAGCUUCAAAGAAUGAACUACACAGUUUGAUAGAUAAGCCACAAUUGCAUGGAAUUCCAGUGUUAGUCCUUGGAAAUAAAAGAGACCUCCCAGGUGCACUGGAUGAAAAGCAGUUAAUUGAGAAAUUAAACCUUUCAGCUAUUCAAGACAGAGAAAUCUGUUGCUAUUCUAUUUCCUGUAAAGAGAAGGAUAACAUCGACAUAACAUUACAAUGGCUUAUUCAGCACUCCAAAUCAAGACACUGUUGA